CGACGUCACUUCCGCCCGCCAUUUCGCCCGCCGGCCGCCAGGAUGACGGACCGCUACACCAUCCACAGCCAGCUGGAGCACCUGCAGUCCAAGUACAUCGGGACGGGCCACGCCGACACCACCAAGUGGGAGUGGCUGGUGAACCAGCACCGGGACUCGUACUGCUCCUACAUGGGCCACUUCGACCUCCUCAACUACUUCGCCAUCGCCGAGAACGAGAGCAAGGCCCGCGUCCGCUUCAACCUGAUGGAGAAGAUGCUGCAGCCCUGCGGGCCGCCCGCCGACAAGCCCGACGAGUCCUAGCCCGCCUGGGCUCCGCUGAGGGCGGCUGCCUGCCGGCCCACCCCGGGGAAGAUCCCAGGAGCCGCCCCAGUGAGCGCGGGGAGCCCUCCCGCCUGCGGCCCGCCGCCCUGCUGGUCCCUCUGCUCUCCUCGGGUGGUGCUCCCUCGAAGGACACUGACGGGGACCGAGUUUUGUAAAAUGCCUGCUCCUGGACAGCUCCUACCCGUUUAACCCGUUGUACAAUCGUUUGGAUUUUUUUUUUUUUAAUGGAAAAGAAUAAAACUCGCUGGGCAUUUUCUGAUGUUUUGCUUGGUAAUCUGCUCACAGGAGCCCUUUGCUCUAAAAGGAGUGCUGGUCACUCAGUAUUUAGCGUUUCGGUGCCACCAUCCGAGGUGCAGGUCUUGGAUACUUUAUGGAUAGUAUUUUCCCAGCCAGGCUGAUGCGUGCUUGCUUACCAAAAAUGUGUUUUGAGGAGAGGGAGGAAGCUUCGCUUUCCAAAAACGUGUUUUGAGGAGAGGGAGGAAGCUUGUUGACACUCAAAGGAUUUGAUUUGUUGUUAGCGCUUAUUGUGUGGGGUAAUUUGUGGGACAGCAUAAGUCAAUUGUUGUAGUGCUUUAAAACUCCAAAAUGGCUUUUCUUUAAGUACGAUUUUCUUCCCUCAUCCUCCUUGCCUGUAGUUCGAAUUUUCCAAACCUUGAUUGUCUCUGAUCCAACUUUACUACUUUUCUUUUAGUAAUGCUUUUUAGUCAUCUAGUAAUUAUUUUUUUUUCUAUAUGGCACUAAACAAGUGUAUUGUGGGGUUAGACACUGUUAAUAUGGAAUAGGUGAUGCAGAGAAGCUAAACUGUUUUGCUGGAAGACUUCUCCAAAUUUAUCUGCCCUUCCCAAGGGGAACUUAAGGGUUAUUCACUAUUACUUUGAAAUAAAAUGCUUUGAGCUGACACAGUCUCAGAUCAGAUUCCAAGCUGAAUGGGUUUUGAUUUUGAUUUGCCACUUAAAAUAGGUUUUCUAUUCUCGUGCCAUAGUAAAAAUAAAUUUUAGUUUCUAAUGAAUGGGAAGACCUCAAAGUAAGACUUAGAGAUAUGUUGCCAGGAGAAAUUAAGUGCUCUCAUUUUUGACACAGAGCAGGUGACUCAUUUAUCAAGUCUUACAAACUAAGUUAUUCAUAAUACUGUAAUAAAGUAAGGAAAAGCGUGCAUGUUCCCGAGGCCACAUUCAUGGCAGUGAAUCCAUCUUCCGAAGAAUUCAAAAGCGGCAUUUUUCCAGUUGUGUUGCAGGUACUAAGAUAAGGGCAUGGGUGAAGUGGUCCUAAAUAAAUUUUACCUGCAAGUUUUGUGGGGAAGAACUGUUUCUCACUUUCCAUGCGAGCUGGAGCAAGUUGUUUGAAGAGUGCCUGUUCCUCACAUACUGAGGAAUGUGGCUGAAAGAUUUCCCUUAAUUGAAUUUGGGCACUGACCAGUAGGUCUGCAAUGCAGUCUUGUGAAAACUGAGCAAAAUUUGUACCUAAAUCCAGCAAGUUUCCUGUUACUGUUACUCUUAAUAAAAAUCUGUUCUGUGACUGAA